AUGGCCGGAUCUUUGUGUUUGGUGCAGAGUUACUGAGCUUCAUUUCUACCUUUAGAAACAACGUUAUCACUUAAAAAAAUAUAUAUAUAUAUGCAUAUUGUUUUAAAAACUACGUAAGCAAGGCGUAUGUGUUUUACUAAUAGUUACCAUGGCAAUUUGAAGUGUUUGCGAAGAACGAAAGAACAGUGGUGGCAUUUUAUUAUUAUUUUUUGUUUAAACUGAAACAGUCAUAGUAAAGCAUGGCAUCUUUGGUAGCCAAACGUGAAGGACCACAGUUCAUCAGCGAGGUGGCUGUCCGGGGGAAUGCCGGAGUGCUGGAUUACUGCAGGACCUCUGUAUCUGCCUUGUCGGGAGCCACAGCGGGCAUUCUUGGUCUGACGGCAUUGUACGGCUUUGUCUUCUACUUCCUCGCUUCGUUCCUCCUGUCCCUCCUCCUCAUACUCAAAGCUGGUCGAAAGUGGAACAAGUCUUUCAAAUCGAGACGAUUGCUGUUCACCGGGGGGCUUGUGGGAGGCCUCUUCACUUAUGUCCUUUUCUGGACUUUCCUUUAUGGCAUGGUGCACGUGUACUAAUCAUACAGCAUUCAAUACACAGGCUUCACCAAAUGUAUGGACAGUUGGUCACGUUAAGUUUGGUAUUUUAGUACAUUUUUACUGCGUAUAAUUGCUAGUACAUAGUUUAUGUUGGGUAUUGCUAACUGAAACCAAACUUGACAUGUUUUGUCUCUUUUUUUCCCCCCCCUGUUCUUGUGCAUUACAUUCAAAUGUGAAACUAGUACAGUAAUAAUUGCCUUCCCAGUUUGAAAUGGUUAGUUUCUAGUUAACAUUUAUCAAACGGUGUAUGAUUCGUGAUGUCUGAAUCAAAAUCUGUAUGGAAAUAAGAUUGUUAAAGAAAAAAUAAAUAAAUGCUUAUGAUCUC